AUAAAGGACAGGUCUGAUUGAUCUGAAAAUGGCCAUUAAUGGUACUUUCUUGAUGUUUUCUUUUGUUUUCACUCGGCGACAACGUCAGAGGAUUGGAGAUUCUCGGAAAGUCGAUUUAUCAUGGACGAGAAGGAAAGAGAGAAAGGUUUUAACGAUUAUCAAACGAUUCUCGACGGUUUAAAAGUGUCUUUUUUGGAGAAGUGGAAAUCCAAAAAACAGGAAAGCGCCAAGCUCGACGAUUUCGAUCGUUUUCGUACCCUGGGUACUGGUGCCUUCGGCCGCGUGGUGCUUGUCAAGUAUAAACCAAGUUCAACAUAUUACGCGAUGAAGAUACUCGAGAAGGGGAAGCUGGUGAGGAUGAAGCAGAUCGAGCACACCAGCAACGAGAAGAGGGUCCUUCAGAGCCUGAAAUUUCCAUUCGUCGUCUACAUGGAGUUUUUCUUUAAGGACAACUCGUACGUUUACAUGGUACUGCCGUUCAUAAAUGGCGGCGAGAUGUUCUCGCAUCUGAGAAAUAUGGGAAAGUUCACGGAGCCCUUAUCAAGAUUUUACGCAGCUCAGGUCGCCCUGGCUCUGGAGUACCUGCACCACUGCGGUCUGGUCUACAGGGAUCUGAAGCCUGAGAAUAUUUUAAUCGACAAAAACGGUUACCUCAAGGUCACGGAUUUUGGAUUUUGCAAAUUGGUCGACGGCCGCACGUGGACUCUCUGCGGGACCCCCGAAUACCUGGCACCUGAGGUCAUCCUCUCGAAAGGUUACGGAAAGUCCGUGGACUGGUGGAGCUUUGGCGUAUUAAUUUUUGAAAUGAACGCCGGUUUCCCGCCCUUUUACGCUCACGAUCCCAUGAAGAUCUACGAGAAGAUCGUAGCCGGCAAAUACAAGCACGUCUCGCACUUUGGCGAAGACCUCAGGGACAUCCUGAAGAAUCUGCUUCAGGUCGACCUGACUAAGCGUUAUGGGAAUCUCAAGGAUGGUCCUAUGGACAUCAAGAAGCAUCGAUGGUUUCGCACGACUGAUUGGAUUCUCAUGUAUUAUCAAAAGGUCGAACCCACUUUUGUACCGAAAUGCACUGGUCCAAGUGACACGAGUAACUUCGAUCACUACGAAGAGGAACAAUUGACAUUAGACACGAUAGAUCGUUACGCUAAGGAAUUCAUAGAUUUUUAAUUGUCACAAAUGUAUCAGUAAUACAGUUUAUCAUCUAGCCAAUAAGGACCUGAAUGCAGUAUCAAAUUAUUCCAU